AUGAUGUUCAUCAAGUCCAACAUCCUGGCUGCUAUGCUCGGCGCCUCUGCCGCCAGCGCCCAUAUGAUCAUGUCUUCACCCACUCCUUACAGCAAGGACAGUCUCAACAACUCCCCUCUGGCAGCGGAUGGCAGCGACUUCCCCUGCAAGCUGCGCGACAAUGCCUUCGAGGCUCCUGCAACCGAGACCGUCAUCGGCAUUGGCGAGUCCCACCCCUUGACUUUCGUCGGCAGCGCUACCCACGGUGGUGGCUCCUGCCAGAUUAGUUUGACCACCGAUCUGCAGCCCUCCAAGGACUCCGAGUGGAAGGUGAUCAAGUCCUUCGAAGGCGGCUGCCCUGCCAACGUUGAUGGCAACCUGUCUGGUGGCGCCGAGGCCGCCGAUCCCGAUACCUUCAGCUUCAAGAUCCCCGAGGGUAUCGCCGCAGGCAAGUACACUCUGGCCUGGACCUGGUUUAACCGCAUCGGCAACCGCGAGAUGUACAUGAACUGCGCCCCCAUCACCGUCUCCGGCAGCUCUUCUAAGCGUUCCGUCGACGAGGACAACGAACUGUACUCCAACAACACCCAGGUCUUCGACAAGCGCUCUUCCAGCUUCCCUCCGUUGUUCGUUGCCAACGUCAACGGUUGCACCACCAAGGAGGGUGUUGAUAUCCGUUUCCCUCAACCAGGUGAUUACGUCGAGUUCCUCGGUGAAGCCGCCAACCUCGCUGCCGAAGGCUCUGAGGCAUGCACCGGCACUGCUACCUUUGGAGGUGCUGGCGAUACCAGCUCGGGAUCAUCUUCCGAUUCCGGCUCCUCCGGCUCCUCUUCUUCUGUUGUCGCCAGCGCUCCCAGCGCAACUGCCUCUGUCUCCGUGGCCCCAGCUCCUGUUGCUACCCCCUCAAGCGUCCCUGAGGUUCCCGCUGCUGGUUCUUCUGGCUCUGGCUCUGGUUCUGGCUCUGGUGCUGGUUCCUCUGCCACUCAGGCUGCCCCUGCUUCUCCAACACCUUCCACUGGCGGUUCCACCACAAGCUCUGGCACUUUGACAGGUGCCUGCAGUGCCGAGGGCCAGUGGAAUUGUAUUGCAGGCUCCUCCUUCCAGCGCUGUGCGAAUGGAAGCUGGUCCGCCUCGCAGCAAAUGGCUGCAGGGACUCAAUGUGGCGCUGGUCUGAGCUCUGAUCUUUCCAUCACUGCUACCAUGCAGGCUCGUCAUAUCUCGGCUAUGCGUUUCCGUAAGCGUCACGUUGGCGGUCACCACGCAUGA